AUGAUAAUCGGAUUAUGGGGCGCGCUAGCGCUGUUUUGGGAUAUUGUUUUCAUGCUUCUCAUCGACAAAGUCGGGCGCCGGAAGCUGCUCAUCUCAUCCCUGCUCGGCAUGGGAGCAGCUCUGUGCAUCGAAGCCACGCUCGCGCGGUACAUAAAUUUCAGCGACCCCAACGCCAACCCACAUGUUCUGCAAGCUGCCAUCGCCAUGUUCUUUGUCUUCUCGUUCUUCUUCACGGCUGUUGGCAUGAUCUCCUGGGUUUACCAGUGUGAGAUCUUCCCCACGCCUAUUCGAGCGCGCGGCUCGGCCAUGGCGACCGCCACGCACUGGAGUGUGAGUCUAAUCUUCACGCAGUGUUCGCCUAUUGCACUGAUGAACAUCGGGCCCAAAUAUUUCUACUGUUUUGCAGGUUUCAAUUGGGUGGCGAUGAUUGUUGUUUGGGCCUUUUAUUCGGAGACUGCGGGUCGUUCUCUUGAGGGAGUUGAGGAAGUUUUCUCAAAACAGUUUGGUGAUGACCAGUCGGAACGCUCUUUUGUUGACGAGAAUACUCCAGUGGCUAUUACACCGCGUUCACAUAUUCGACAUAAGGGGUUGCAUCCGCUGUCGAUGCAUCCCACUUGUGAUACAGUUAGCGUUAGUAGCAGUGACGAUGAGUCUGGGGAUGAGAUCGGAACCAAGGAGGUUUAG